ACGCACGCACGCACACACACACACACACACAAAGCCACCACCUUCAACCAGCAGUAACCUCCUCACACACGCUGACUCUGACAAACAUUUUGUCGCUGUCUUUCCAAAACCUUGGUUGUCCCGAAUUUUUGUCUACAAUCAGAAUAGUUUUUAGUCAACUGGUUUUACUUCUUUCACAAGCACAUGUCUGACUAAUCUUUGGCAACAUUUUUGCAUUCGCCGUUUUUGGUGUCUGAAGCACAUGAACCUGGCCGAUGAACUAGUCAGUUAGUGUUAAGCGAGGUCAGUCUAGCGUUGUUGUUGUUGUUGUUUUUUAGUAUCUGGACUUAAAGGGUUAUUGUAAAUGCUGAAUGGUACUUCAUUAUCUUCAGCCUUUUAGAAUGUGAUGAAACCCAGCUGCAGAUGACUCGAGUCGCAGAAAAGCCACAAAUUAGCUCCAAAGAAUAAAAAAAAUACAAAUUUACAACAUGUUUAUGCGUCUUAGUAAUUGAGCACAUUAAGCACGUUUUAAGCUUGAAGACACUUCUAGAAGUGUCUGUUUUUUUAAGAAUAUUAAAUAAAUGAUUGGUUCUGCUCUGACCAGUCAAGAUAUAUUUAGUUUGUCAAAUUUUGUUAUCUUUUUCUGACAUAUUCGUUUCUUAUCCUGUGACUUAUUUCUUUAACACAAUGUGAUGUUUAUUUUUCUUUAAGUUGUGUGACGAAAAGUUUUUUGGGACUUUUAAAAAAAAUUAAAGGUUUAGUCUACAAAGUCAAAUGGAAUGCAGAAAUUUUAAAUCUGAAAACUGCUCAGAAUAAUAACCUUAUCAUUCCAAAGCGACGAUAUUUUAAGAUUCUUUUUGGCAUCUGUAUUUCUAAAAUUCUUUACAUUCCUUUUCAUUGUUCUGGAAAUGACUUCUUUCCUAUAAUAAAUCUGCCACAAAUUAGUGUUAACGCUUAAUCUGACUAAUACAAAGUUUACCCUACCAUAAAAUUUCCACAGUGACAUGUGGUGUCUUAGCAAAGGGGGUCCUUAGGGACCAAUUAUCUCAUUGGGGAAUCAUUCAGUCUUGUGUGACAGGUAGAGGUAAUUUGUUUUCAACUGGACUUUGUUUGCUGUUGUUUGAAAACAUUACGCCAUUCAUUCACCAAUCAACAGAAUGAACGAAAAUCUGCACAUGCACUAAGUGUUUCCACAAGUUCUUGAAUGGUUCGUCUGUGGCGAAGAAAACCUGUUCUGUCUGGCAGAAGCUUAUAUCAAUAGCUCCAUUAUUUGGAGAGACUUAACAUGGUCUACCUGCUAGCCGCUAAGAUGGAGGAGUUGGUAUAGACUAUUUAAGAAAGCAAAAUCUGUGUUAUGAUCUCUGAAGAGAUUUAUUUUUAUUCAUUAACCUCUUUCUCUGUCUGUAGCAUUCGCUGAUUCAGGCAUGACCUCGGGACAAGCCGGUGGCUUUAAACAGCUGAUCUUGACCAUUGGCCUGACCUUGACCCUUGGCCUGCUCCAGUGGCCAAUAGGGGAUGUCAGUGGACAGAAAGGACCGUCCGCGGCUCAAGUUCUUCAGGAACUGCUGACACGAUAUGGAGAUAACACCACCAUCUCCGUCCCACAGCUUCGGUCGCUCCUCAUGCAGUUAAAUGGGGGGCAGAGUGGAGACCACAACGUACAACCGCAGCCCACCAAAACCAAUGCAUCGAAGUGCUUGGCGGCGGAUGCUCUGGCCGUGUAUGGGAUGACCGAACAGUCCCGUGUAGAUGGACGGGGCCUGCAGGAGAUCUGCCCCACCAUGUUACAGCAGCUAGACACUGAAGCGUGUAAAACACAACAGGACCAAGAACCCGAAACCAGCCCCAGACCCACAGAUGCUGAGGUCUGGGGGUAUGGUUUCCUCUCUGUGACAGUGAUAUCUCUGUGCUCACUGGUCGGGGCAAGUGUGGUUCCCUUCAUGCGGAAAACCUUUUACAAGCGGUUGUUGCUGUACUUCAUAGCCCUGGCCAUUGGUACUCUGUACUCCAACGCCCUCUUUCAACUAAUCCCAGAGGCUUUUGGAUUUGACCCCAUGGAGGAUUACUACGUGUCCAAGUCUGCUGUCGUGUUUGGAGGAUUCUACCUGUUCUUCUUUAUGGAGAAAGUGCUGAAGAUGAUCUUUAAACCAAAGGACGGGGGAGCACACGGCCACAGUCACUUCCCUGCGGAGCGCUAUGCCAGCACUAAUGGGGACCUGGAGGAUGGUGUUAUGGAGAAACUGCAAAAUGGAGAGGCGGGAGUAGCAUCUUUACCAAGGGCAGAAGGUGAUGUCAGAGGGAUCGGAGAGGACGACAAAAUGCUAAGCUCAGGACCAACAGUGCCGGACUCUCAAAGUUCAGGCGGCGCUAGAACGGGCGGAUGCUAUUGGCUGAAGGGUAGGGCAUACUCUGACAUCGGGACUUUGGCUUGGAUGAUUACUCUGAGCGACGGUCUCCAUAAUUUUAUAGAUGGUCUGGCUAUCGGGGCCUCCUUUACGGCCUCUGUGUUUCAAGGGAUCAGUACUUCAGUUGCCAUCCUGUGUGAGGAGUUUCCACAUGAAUUGGGUGAUUUUGUGAUCCUGCUAAACGCUGGCAUGAGCAUUCAGCAGGCGUUGUUCUUUAACUUCCUGUCAGCGUGCUGCUGUUAUCUGGGCAUGGGUUUCGGCGUCCUGGCUGGGAAUCGCUUCUCUCCUAACUGGAUUUUUGCUUUAGCCGGGGGCAUGUUCCUCUACAUAGCACUGGCUGAUAUGUUUCCAGAGAUGAACGAGGUCAGUCGUGAGGAAGAGGAGGCAGGAGGAAGCGGAUCAAUGGUUACUUUUGCCAUCCAGAACGCUGGGCUGCUGACUGGUUUUGCCAUUAUGCUUUUACUCACCAUCUACUCUGGACAGAUACAGCUUGGAUAGCAAAGGAUACAAACUUUGAACCAAAAGGACUAACUCAGUAUCUGGGACUUAAACCUGAGAUCUACCGGGCUAAACAUUAAACCUCCAGCAGUGCUGGCAUGUUUUAAAGCCCAGCUGGACUAGGUUAGGACAUACAUUGAAAGGUGUGUUUCAGGCUCAGAUUAAACGGCUGGCUGUCUGUAGAGGCUAGAAGUUUGACUGACGUUUAGAUUCAUCCAGAACCAAGGACUUGUGGAUGGAACAUCUGCCUUUCUAGUUUAGGCCUCCUCUCGUCCUUUUGCCUCAAAAGUAGCUUUAAGACGCUAUGCUGUCGCUCUUUUUUCUUUUCAUUCAACUACCCCAUUGUAAGCAUCUGGGCGUUUGUAAACAUUUAUACUGUUCUUAUUCUUUUUUUUGCAGUUUUUGACAAUAAGCCUCACUGACUUGACUGACGACAUGAGAUGUUUCCAAAAACUUGACUUGCUUUACAAACCUCCUGAAACUGACCGAAUGUGCGCUAGUCUAACGGAUUCCAGUGCUUCAUACCGAGUGCUUUUGUUAGUCUGUAGAGAAAUUCAAAAAUGAAAUAGCUGUUAGGCACUUAGAUUAAAACAAUUUAUGUUAGUUUAGUUAUAGUGUGUGCUUGUGUAAGAAGUUUUUUUGUUACGAACAGGUGUAUUUGGCAUUAUUUCUAAAAGAUCUCCCAAUACCAUUCCAUAUUACCCACCAAAAAAACCAGCUGGAGAUUGAAACAAACAAGUCCCUGAAUAGCUCUAAUUCUUUCACUAUUAUUGGUUGUUUUUUACCUCUUUUUCACAGAAGCAGAGACCAAGUUUCUUCUAGAAAACUCUCCGCCACCUUUUCCUUUUUCAUGACCUGAAUAGGCGGUGAAUCUUUUUUCCUUUCAGUUUAUACAGUAUUUUAAAACCAAAUUAAUUCUGAUUAUCUCAUGAUUUAUUUGUUUUAUGUAUUUAUGUAAUAGACAGACACGAGUGGAUGGAUAGGUAAAGUGUGGAUGGUUAAAUACCUUUUACAUUUAUGCAUUUGGCAGACGCUUUUAUCCAAAUUUUCUUCAUUGAAGUGCAUUCAAGCUAUACAUUUUAAAAAUAUAUUUUUUUAUCAGUACAGUACGUGUGUUCCCUUGGAAUCAAACUCGUGACAUUUGUAUUGCAAACGCAAUGCUCAACCAGUUAAGCUACAAGAACACAAAUAGACAUAUUGCCCUCAACAGAGCUACUGUUAUAUCCACUUACAUACUGUAAUCGUGCUUUCAUUUGGUUACUUGGAAGCCAGUGUUUUUAACACAAAAACUGCUACAACUUCAUUUUUGAGGUGUAUUUUGUUAUCAAUCAGACCAGGAAAGUGUAAUGUUAAUCACAGACAUUAUUUUGCUCAAACCAAAAACUACCAUCCUGAAAACCCAUAGGAAAUUCCUGUUGGAACAGAUUUUUGUCUCGGCAAAGGAAAUUCUCCUCCAGGUUUUAAAACUAAACUACAUCAUUCUUCUAUAAUAGUUGUUAUAAUAGUAAUUUUUAGAUUGUUGUCAUUGUAUGAAAUUGUAAGCAAAUGCAGGCACAAUUUGAGUUUUAGUCUGUCAAUUAUGAAUAUUCAUACAAAUUGUUCUAUGCAGAAUACAGUAUCAAUGGUUAGUACAAACUGUGACAUUAUUGAAGAGGUGAUGUUCGGUCUAUAGUGUUGGCAACCUUUGCUUCAGCCAUCAGAUUUAUUCUUUACCAUCUUUAAAAGCCUGCAUCACCUCUUUCUUCCUCAUUUAACGUAUUCUUCCAUUAUAUCUCCAUCACAUAUUGUAUGUUAAGUAAUGGUAGCUGCUAUUGCAUUGAUAGGGUUUUAAUGUGCAUUCAUUAAACACGAGUUCCCAGUGUGCUGUUGAAAAAAAUAGCUACAAUGGUCGUCUUGUUCACUAUGAAGUUGAUAUAGCUCUGUAUAGACUGAAAUCUUUGUACUUAAACAUACGGUCAGCAGAUCUGAGUAACAUUUUUCGGCUAUUUUUUGUGCAUAUACAGUAGACUUUCAGCUGUCCCUUUGUGUAUUUAGGAGUUACGUUUGGCUUUGUAGGCAGCGCAGGUUACAACAUUGUUUCAGCUUGAUUCUAAUUUCUAUGCAUUGAGAAAUUGCCUCUGAAGUGAGUUUACACCUUAAAGACGGGAUAGUCUCAACACCUUCAUUUAAGGAUCAAAUGUUUUGCCUCAUUUUAAUUUAUUAAUAUUUUAAGACAAAUUUAGUGUAGAAUGUGUCAUUGUUCAUCUGUAAUUUUCUUUAAUUUCUUUAAAGAGUCUUUAAUUUAUGUAUAGUCUUGUCAAUAUUUGAAUGAUGAGAAUAGGUUGCUGUAAAAGUAAAUGGGAGCCUUUUUGUUUGAAAUGCAAUUGCUAGUUUAUCUGAAUAUGAUGAAGGCAUUAUUUUAAAUACUGUAAACAUCUCAAGUGUUGUGUGAAUUGUGUUACAAUACAUUUGUACAACAUGUGAAAUCUGAUUGCUGGUGACAUGAUUUAUAUUUUUAUUUUCAUAUGGAAGUAUCAAGCCAUGGGUUUUCAGUUCAUUGUGCAAUGAAAAAAUAUACCAUCUGAUAAAAAACGUUUUUCUAUUAAUUUGUAGUUGUUUGUAUUGUUGAUUUUUAUGACUAUAAAAUGUGAAGUUAAAAUAUUCUUAUGGAUUGGCAGUGGCAUUGAAUUUGUUGCAAAACAAAUUGUUAUAAAAGCUA